GGGCCUAGAGUGGCACCGCCUAUGUUGCUGCAUUCGCAUUUGCAUUUGCAUAUAUAUAUAUAUCACCCUCGUCUUCAUUCAUAAAAAUCAUCAUUAUUUCUCUUUUUCAUCCUCUCUCUGAAAAACCCAGCAAACAUGUGUGGAGGAGCAGUCAUCUCCGGCUUCGAGCCACCCAUCAAACCUAGCCGGAAAGUGACGUCACGAGACCUCUAUGACAAGCUUCACGGCGCCACUGGUUCCAACAGCUUUGGCUGGAACUCUUACCCACCCUCGGACAACUCUUUCGGAACGAGUGAAGAACCGAGUCAACCAGGUGGAGGGACGAAGAGGGCGAGGAAGAAUGUCUACCGAGGCAUUCGUCAAAGGCCGUGGGGCAAAUGGGCAGCUGAGAUACGUGACCCGCAGAAAGGUGCCCGAGUCUGGCUCGGUACUUUCAGCACUCCUGAAGAGGCUGCCCGGGCUUACGACGAGGCGGCGAAGCGCAUUCGUGGCGACAAGGCCAAGCUCAACUUUCCUCCGCCACCUCAAAUUCAGCCACAGGCUAGGAAGGUCUGUCCACCCAAAUUCACUGAGUCAACUCGGUCACCCACCUGGUCAACUCGGUCACUCACCCCCACCGAGUUCACUCUGUCACUCACACCCGCCGAGUUCACCGAGUCGUUUUACCCCACCGAGUCGACUCAGUCAUUCACUCCUACCUGGUCGACUCAGUCAUUCACUCCCACCGAGUCGACUCAGUCGUUCUCUCCCACCUGGUCGACUCAGCCAUUCACUCCCACCGAGUCGACUCAGUCAUCCUUCAGCUUCCCCACCGAGUUAGGCACCAACUCAGUGAUGGGGUUUGGAAUUUCUCAGCCGCCAAGCUUUGGUGCAGCCCGAAUGAUAUCCCAAACUGAUGAGGACGAGUUCAAAGAUGAGAUGUCGGGUUUGGAGAGUUUCUUGGGCUUGGAGCCAGAGGUGAGUCAGAUGAACUCGGUGGAUUACUGGGCCUUGGAUGAUCUGGAUGUGUUGCCUACAGCUUAAUGGAUCACCAUCAGUAGUUAUUAUUAUUACCGUGCAAAAUUUACUACCAGCAGUUGUUACACCAAAAAAAAAACAAAAGUAGUUUGUGUUUUAGAGUUUUAGUGCGUGUUUGUUGUGUGUUUUGUAAGAGUAGUGUCGUUUAGAACACUACAUUUUCCAGUAUUAGUAUGUGUUAAACGUGAUCACUUGUGUGAUGAUGUGUUAAUUUGGCGUUACUAUCUGGAGUAUUUAUAAUUAAAGUGCUAGUAUAUGAAAUAUAUGAUGAU